GAAUAAUAUAUACCCAAAAACUAUAAUUUAAACCAUAAUAAAGUUUCCAAGAAAGAAUAUAAACAACCAGAAGAUCAAUAAUAUUAUUUAAAUGAAGAUCGCAUAUACUACUAACAUAAAAAUGCAUUCCAAAACCAAAAACAAAAUUCUUAAAAUUUUCCCAAAGUACUCAUGGUAACUGAAAAACCUUCAAUUGCUAAAACACUCGCAGAAGCCCUUAGCGAUGGCUCUUCAAGAUAAAGGCAAGGUUAUAGUAAAUACUUACCCGUACACGAAUUCUAAGGAAAUAUUUUCAAUUAAAACGCAUUUAUUAGAAUUACAUCUGUUGCAGGACAUGUAUACAGUCUAGAUUUUACAAGAGAUUAUUCUAAUUGGGACCGAACAGAUCCUAUAGAACUAUUCAAAGCAAAAACCUAAAAAAUUGAAUCGAACCCAUAAUAAAAAGUAAUAAAACACCUUGAAUAAGAAUCUAAAGAUUGCUCAUAUUUAGUUCUCUGGUUAGAUAACGACCGAGAAGGUGAAAACAUAUGCUUUGAAGUAAAACGUAUAUGUGAGCCUUAAAUGAUUAAAGAAAAUACAAAUAAACUAUAAACACUGAGAGCUAAAUUUUCUUCUUUGACUAAAAAAGAUUUAAAAGAAGCAUAUUAAAAAAUCAUUGAUCCCCCAAAUUUAAACGACUGUCUAGCCGUGGAUGCCCGAUAGAUAAUAGAUUUAAAAGUCGGAGUCGCUUUUUCGAGAUUUUAAACUACUUAUUUUAGGAAAAAAUAUCCAGAUUUAAAUGAGAAAAUGAUCACUUAUGGACCAUGCUAGACUCCAACUUUGGGUUUUUGUGUAAGAAGGGAAGACGAGAUAAAAAGUUUUAAGCCCAAACUAUUUUAUAGGCUACUUAUAUAAUUUAGGAAAAAGGAUGAGUAAAUAGAUACUUAGGCAGUUUUUGAAAAUGGAAAUAUUUUCAAUUAAUAAGAAGCUAAUUCACUUUUGACAAAAAUUAUUAAAUAAAAAGAAGGAUAAGUUUUUGAUGUUUUCUCGGAAAAAGGCAUCAAAGGAAGACCUGAAGGUUUAAAUACUGUCUAAUUGUUAAAAAUGGGAUCUUCUUAUUUACAUUUGAGCCCUUAAUAGACUAUGCAUGUCGCUGAAAAGUUAUAUCUUUAAGGAUUUAUUACUUAUCCAAGAACUGAAUCAACAUCAUAUGCAAAAAACUUCCCAUUUGAAGAUAUAUGUAGAAGCUUAUGUUAAUUGAAAAACUCUUAAGUGUCUUAAGAUGCAUAAUUAUUAUUCCGAAACGGUAUAUAUAAGCCUAAAUAAGGGGUUGAUAUUGGAGAUCAUCCGCCAAUAACUCCCACUAAUUACGUUCCUUCAAAUAACUAAUUAAGAAAUGAAGAAUCAAACUUAUAUGAAUAUGUCUGUAAACAUUUUAUGGCUUCGAUUUCUGCAGAUUGUUCUUUUAUGAAAAGUUAAAUUAGUAUUAACGUAAAUGGAUUAAAUUUUAAAUGCACAGGAGUAUAAAUUAUAAAUAAAGGAUUUAUAGAAAUAAUGGACUGGAUAUCAAUAAGUGAAAAUAACCUUCCUAUAGGUAUACUUAAAGGAAAUAAGGUAGAAAUUACAACAACAAGAUUAGAAUAAGAAUAUUAAACUCCACCAGGUUAUCUGACGGAAACUGAAUUAAUUAAUUUAAUGGAAAAAAAUAAAAUAGGUACUGACGCUUCUUUAGCUACACAUAUUAAUACUAUAUGUGAGAGAGAAUAUGUUAAAAUUUCUGGAAACAAUAGAUAAUUAAUUCCUUCUGAUAUGGGUAGAUGUUUAAUUAAAGGUUAUCAAUUAAUCGAUGAAUCAUUAGUUUUACCAGAAAUAAGAAGUUAAAUUGAAAACUAAGUUGAUUAAAUAGCUAAAGGAUAUUCAUUAUUCUCUUCUUAUUAUAAGAAUGUUGAAGAUUAAUUAGUCUAAGCCAAACCAUUCAGUAAAUGUGGAUAAUGUAAAAGAUUUAUGAAAAUUAUUGAAAAAGCCGGGAAGUUUUUUUGUGAAUAAUGUUAAAUAAACCUAAUUGUUCCGACAGGAGGAAAAUAUAAAAUUGUUGGAGAAAAAUAUUGCCCUUAUGACGGAUAUUAAGUAGUUUUUUUCACUUCGGCUAAUCCACCUAACGUAUCUUUUGAUUUAUGUCCUAAAUGUUACACUUAAUCGCCUUUAAUUGAUAGUGAUUAAGUUACUUGUUCUAUAUGUACUAAUGAAUAAUGUUAAUAUUCAACUAAUAAUCGUAAAGAAUUAUAUGAGAAUGUUUGUUUUUUUUGUGAUGAAGAGUUAAGCAAGGAAUUAAAAAUUACGUAAUACACAGAAAAGAAGAAUAGAAGAAAUAGAAAACAUACAAAAAAAUGA